CAUAGAACUCAGAUAAUAUAGGAAUCAGAGACGGAAUGAAAACCUAGACAGACAUCUUCGAUCAAACACCUCUAAUAAAGGUAAUUUAUCCUUAAAUUUGUAGCCAAGCUGAGAGGACUCAGAGAUAUUAGCAGUUCAAUCCUCCCAGAGAUUACAAAAAAAGGAAUAAAUAAGAGAAUGAUCGACAAAAACCUCACCAGACUCAUUAACAAGCAAAAGCAAAGAAAAAGAAUCAAUAAGUUCAGUGCUCUGAGAGGAAAUGCAAGCCAACAGUUUUGGAACAUUAGAGUUAGCUCUAAGGAUAGCAUCCGCUCUCGAAUUACAGGAGACAGUAAUAAUAGUAGCAUGAGGUCAAGGAAGGGAAUUCAGAAGAGGCAUUCUAAAAAUGCAAUUCAUAUUGAAGACGCACUUUCCAGCUCUGUUGGAGUAAAUAACUCUUUUAAAAAGAGGGUAAUUCAAAAUCAAGAAAUUUUCUCAGACAGAGUUUUAUAUUACAACUCAUCAUAUGUAAAAUAAAUUCCAUCAAAGAAAUGAAACUUAUGAAUCCAGUACAGAGUACAUCCAUCGUGGAUCUUUGCCUAUGAGCCCAUCUAAGGAUAUUUAUACCACACCCAAAACAAAGCUGAAUUUAGACAAACAGUUGAGCCGAAAGAUGACCAAGAACAGUCAGCUUUUUAAUAAAAACUCUUACAACAAGAAAGUUUAUGAAAAGAUUCAGAAAAAUAUUUCAGGACCAGUCAAAAACAGUGCGAAGUCAAUAACAAGGAAUAAUUUUGCAAUAAGACACGUAAUGUCCGCUGGAGAAGAAACUAAUCAAUGCGAAAGAUGUUUCUCACAACGCAGAGCCAACUACUCAAGUUCUCAGACAGCUUCAGGGUUUAUGUCCAAUAAUGUCGAGAAGCAAGCCAUUCAAGGGAAUAGCAAGUUCGCUUUCAAAUCUCGUAGAGGAAAGUACAGAAAAUUUAAAAAUAACUUUCAGAAGAAAUUGGGAUACCCAAAUUUCUCAAGAUAA